AUGGUUUUCCGUCUUUUUCCAGUGCCAAAUAAGCGGCGAAAACCGGGUCAACGGCAACAAACGAGGCCACAACGACAGCAGCAAUUUGGGCCUGUAUCUCGCGAGCAGCUUCAUCCACCAACGGGGUUUCAGCCAUUCCGAGUUCCACAGAUUCAUCAAGCACAAUUCCACCCAAUACCGCAUCCACAGUUUCUGCAUCACCCACAACCAGUGAACCACACACCACAACCGUAUCUUCUUAUUCCACUUCAGCAACCACAACAACGACAACAAACAAACAAAAACAAAGCAACACAGCGAAUGCUACAGGGACAACAUGCUCCGCAGCAGAGACAACAUGCUCCGCAACAGGGACAACAUGCUCCGCAACAGGGACAACAUGCUCCGCAACAGGGACAACCUGCUCCGCAACAGGUACAACAUGCUCCGCAACAGGGACAACCUUCUCCGCAACAGGGACAACCUUCUCCGCAACAGGGACAACCUACUCCGCAACAGGGACAACCUGCUCCACAACAGGUACAACAUGCUCCGCAACAGGGACAACAUGCUCCGCAACAGGGACAACCUGCUCCGCAACAGGGACAACCUGCUCCGCAACAAGGACAAUAUGCUCCGCAACAGGGACAACAUGCUCCGCAACAGGGACAACCUGCUCCGCAACAGGGACAACCUGCUCCGCAACAGGGACAACCUGCUCCGCAACAGGGACAACCUGCUCCGCUACAAGGACAACAUGCUCCGCAACAGGUACAACAUGCUCCGCAACAGGUACAACAUGCUCCGCCACCAAGACAAUCUGCUCCUCAGCCUCAGUUUGCCACGCUACAACCGUUUUCUAUUGCACAAAUGCAACCGAGGUACAUUGUUCCACAACACCAGCAAUUUCCUCCUCCUCAUAUGUUCCACCCACAAGAAAAUUACUAUUACCCACCACUUUAUCAACCCCAUCAUCAACUACCACAGACACCUAGACCAAUCACCACAACAACUACCACAACUACCACCACAACACCGGAAAUGGAGGGAGAGAUGGAAGUAAGAUCAAGCACCCCUGCGCCGCAGAUCAACACACAGUGUAACUACUGGGCCAUGGACCACGGCGUGCACAACUGGUACCCGUGUCCAAUGCCGCCACAAGUCAGCACUACAACCCCGAGAACGACCACACACCCCUGUCCCACGACCCUAGUCACUGUCCCACACAUCCCACACAUCACCAACGAAUGGGACUACUGGUAUAAAUGGCACCAAUGCCCAAUGGUGCCAGUACCCACGGAAAUGCAAGCAAUCUUUGGACCUUUCGACUUCGACUUCAUAAUGGACUCCCUUACUACUGCGCUGCCCAUGCCCAUGCACAUCAUUCCGGUUAUUAGGCCCGGCCAUCAUUAA